CAGACACAAGUAUGGCAGUCUGAGAGUUGUGAGUUGUUGUUUUGAUGGUGUAAAGAAUAAAUUGUCUUUGCUUUCGAGGGACACGUUGCUGGUGAAUCGAAUUUAUCUCAACCAACCAUCACACUGCAGCCAAGUUUCAGGCCAUCAUGCCGUCUACCUGUGACUCCCUGAUCGACGACAUCGAAGACAUGGUAUCUUCUAGUGACCCCACUCCUCACGAGAGACUGAGUGCUAGAAAGAAUAUCAUUCCGAGGUCCAGGAAAAGAAAAGAGCUUCUCAGCAAUGAGGAGCUGCAAGCUGACAGCUUGAUCCCUGGGACCCAGAAGAUUUGGAUGAAAACAUGGGGCUGCAGUCACAACAACUCAGAUGGGGAGUACAUGGCUGGACAGCUUGCUGCCAGUGGAUACAAGAUUACUGAUGACCCAACAGAUGCAGACCUGUGGUUGCUCAACAGUUGCACAGUGAAAAACCCUGCAGAGGACCACUUCAGGAACUCCAUCAAAAAAGCCCAGGAACAGCAGAAAAAGGUGGUUUUAGCAGGCUGUGUUCCCCAGGCCCAGCCACGGAUGGAUUACCUCAAAGGACUCAGCAUCAUUGGGGUCCAGCAGAUUGAUCGAGUGGUGGAAGUAGUGGACGAGGCAGUUAAAGGUCACUCAGUUCGCCUCUUAGGUCAGAAGAAAGAUGCAGGCCGGAGGCUGGGAGGAGCUAGACUGGACCUGCCCAAAAUCAGAAGAAACCCUCUCAUUGAAAUCAUCUCCAUUAACACUGGGUGUCUGAAUGCGUGUACCUACUGUAAGACCAAGCAUGCUAGAGGAGACCUGGCCAGCUAUCCCAUCGAGGAGCUCGUGGAGAGAGCAGUGCAGUCUUUCCAGGAGGGAGUGUGUGAGAUCUGGUUGACCAGUGAAGACACGGGAGCUUAUGGUAGAGACAUUGGCACAGACCUGCCCACAUUGCUGUGGAAAUUGGUGGAGGUGAUUCCCGAGGGUGCUAUGCUGAGGCUGGGUAUGACCAACCCUCCGUACAUCCUUGAACACCUAGAGGAGAUGGCUAAGAUAUUGAAUCAUCCGCGCGUCUACGCCUUCCUUCAUGUUCCUGUGCAGUCGGCCUCAGACAGUGUUCUCAUGGAUAUGAAGAGAGAGUAUUGCGUCGAUGACUUCAAAAGAGUGGCGGACUUCCUCAAAGAGAGGGUCCCAGGUAUAACCAUUGCUACGGAUAUUAUCUGUGGUUUUCCUGGUGAGACGGAUGCAGACUUCCAAGAGACUGUGGACCUGGUGAAAUGCUACCGAUUUCCCAGUCUUUUCAUCAACCAGUUCUACCCGAGACCCGGCACACCUGCCGCCAAGAUGGAGCAAGUACCAGCACAUGUGAAAAAGCAGAGGACGAAAGAACUGUCCCAACUCUUCCACUCUUACAACCCCUACGACCACCAGGUAGGGGAGAGGCAACACGUUCUGGUGACGGAGGAGUCGUUUGAUGCCCAGUAUUAUGUGGCUCACAACAAGUUCUAUGAACAGGUGCUGGUUCCAAAGAGGGCGGAGUUUAAAGGGAAGAUGAUUGAGGUGGACAUAUACGAAGCAGGGAAACACUUCCUGAGAGGUCGGCCAGUAGAAGACAGUAAACUGUUCACACCCUCCAUUGCGACUCCACUUCAGAAAGGACAGGUGUCUGGCCUGAUUAAGGAACAUGUAGCCAACGGCGUCCGAACUCCUGCUUCUACGACCUCGUCGUCCAUCCUGUUAGUCGGCUCUUACAGUCUAGACAGAGAAGUAGUGAAGAAGGUGGGAAUCGGGCUCACACUGUUCGCAGCCGUCUUGGCCUUUAUCGUGGAGAAACUGUUCUGACGGAGCAGCUUUAGUUUGAAGAGGACAGACUGUGAACCCAGGGAAGGAGAGUGAAACCUUCCUUAGAUCCUGUUUAACACGUCAUUUCAGUCAGUUUGAAAUUAUCCCAAAGAGAAAACCCGAGGGAGUGAAUGACACGUAUGAAGUCAUGAAUAUUAUACUUUUUUUUUUUCUCUCUCUGAUAUUUUGUCUCUUGUUUUUAAUGCUGUUACUUUUUAAUUAAAGGAUACACAGUCGUUCACCA